CGCCGAGCCACCAUGGGCCUGCGCCUGCCGGCCGCUCUCUUCCCGCGGCGCGGGCCGGAGGCCGGCGCGGCCGGGGCCCAGCUGGCGGUGAUCCGGAUCCCGCGGGCCCUCCAGCUGCGGCGGGAGCGGGCCCCCGGGAGCCCGGGCUCCAGGUUCCCGCAGCCCGGGCUCUCGCGGCCGGGCCGGCUGCUCAUCAACGCGCGGCGGCCGCAGUUGAACCAGCCGGCGAACCUCACCUUGGGCCGCUGGGACAGCGCGACUCUGGCCUCGGCUGGCUGGAAGCACCGAAAGGCGCUCGGCGACUACUUCGUCAUCGAGCGGUCGCAGGACGAGCCCCCCGCCCUGGGCCAGGCGCCCGAGUCCGGGGAGGGCUUCGGGGCCCUGGGGCUGGAACCGGCCUUGCUGGAGGCCCUGAGGCUGGCCGCGCCCUCCGCCCUCCGCCCCACCGCCGUCCAGCUCCGCGCCAUCCCCGCGCUGCUCCGCGGCCGCCACACGCUGCUCGCCGCCGAAACGGGCAGCGGCAAGACCCUGGGCUACCUGCUGCCGCUCAUGCAGCGCCUCCUGCACCGGCCUCCGCCGAGCCGGGCGGCCGCCCGCCGCGGGCCCGCCGAGCCCCGGGGCCUGGUGCUGGUGCCUUCGCGAGAACUGGCCGACCAAGUGUGGGCCGUGCUCGACGCCCUCCGCCCCACCCUGGACCUGUCCGUGCGGAAGAUCGGCGGCGGCCACCGGAGGAGCGGCAUCGGGCCCCGGCCGGCCGGGGCCUCCCGCCUGGACGUGCUGGUGGCAACCCCCGGAGCCCUGGGGAUGGCGCUGAAGCGGCGCCAGGUCACCCUCCGGGGCCUCUGCUUCCUCGUCCUAGACGAAGCCGACACCCUCCUGGACCAGAGCUUCCUGGAGCUGGUCGACUACAUCCUGCGGAAAAGCCCCGUGGCCCCAGAUCCCACCGGCGUCGCCCCCAAAGCCCAGCUGGUGCUGGUGGCCGCCACGCUGCCCCAGGGUAUCGGCCGGCUGCUGGAAGGCUUCGCGGAGCCGGGCCGGCUCGCCGCCGUCACCAGCCCCCGGCUGCACCGCGUCACGCCCAACGUGUCGCAGAGGUUCCUGCGGCUCAAGGGAGCGGCCAAGGCCGCCGAGCUCCUGCAGAUCCUCAAGCAGCGCUCGAAGGGCGGGCCUGACCCGACGGGGGCCGUGGUGGUGUUCUGCAAUACUUCCGGCACUGUGAAUUGGCUGGGCCACGUCCUGGACGAGCAUAACGUCAGAUAUUUGAAGCUGCAGGGGGAGAUGCCGGCCGCCCUGCGGGCCGGCGUCUUCAAGUCCUUCCAGGAAGGCUUUCGGGACAUCCUGCUCUGCACCGACAUCGCUUCCAGGGGUCUGGACAGCAUCCGGGUUGAACUGGUCGUCAAUUACGAUUUCCCCCUCACCCUGCAGGACUACAUCCACCGGGCGGGGCGAGUCGGGCGGGUGGGCAGCGUGGCGCCAGGCUCCGUGAUUAGCUUCGUGACCCAUCGCUGGGAUGUGGACCUGGUCCAGAAAAUCGAGUUGUCCGCCCGCCGGAGAAAAUGCCUCCCGGGGUUGGACACCGAGGUGAAGAAGCUUAUGAGUUAGGAUUUGGACUCGACAGAUACUGCCUGUCGAAAUGGGUCGCUCUGUGCUGUUCUCUGUUUCUCCCCAAUAAACGAGGCCGUGGAAAAUCAG